GCGCGAGAGGGGAAUGAGGUAAUAAGUGGGCAGGGGAUGCAAUCGCCAAAGGGGGAAAAAUUAAAAAACGAAAAAGUGGGCAUUUGUGGGAGAGGGGUGUAAUUUAGACUGAAUAAAAUUGCCUCUCAAAGUUUCUGUCAAUCCGGGGUUCGGUAUUUCCAUUCGUUUCUUUCCCCCUUUAAGUUAUCAUGUCUUUCUCGUCUGGUAAAGUCUCCUUACGUUGCCACAAUCCCGUUACUUUAACAAGUUGUUGCUGUUCGGGAAGCUCUGCAGCUUGUGAAGGAAGCCAGAAAGUGGAGCUCCACUAGUGAAUGUCUCAAAUUCCAAGCGUAUUCGAUCAUCACCUUCCUUUCUAAUGAUCUACCAAAUACGUUGUUCUGAUUGUCUUCUACUUUGAGGACAAUCUAUUCAAGUGUUAUUUAACACUCUAGCCUUACUUCCAAGUGAACAUGCACAGAGCUGUGCUGCUGAAUGAGGCUGCUACACUUCAUAAAUCAGUAAAGACUGUUGUUUGGUUAUAGAAGGCUAUUUGAAAGGCUUCCGAAUUCAAGCUAAAGCUCCUUCUACACACCAUUAUGUGUUCUCCACUCCGAAGAAUUAAUGAGCAGGAUGAAAGGAAGUGGGAAAUGUUACUUACUAGGGGUUGCAAGGUCACGCAGAGGCCUCCAAAAUGGCCACCACUCCGAGGGGGAAAGGCCAAAAACCGACUGAAGAGCAGCCAAAGGGCCAAUUUCAGGAAUAAGGGAGGCCAGUGGGGGGAGGAGGAGCCUCCGCAGACACCCCCACCGCCAACUCAGACAACUCCCCCAGAGGGGUAUUCCCACCGUCCAACUAUUUUAAAUGCAACUCUCCUUCAAGAGGUUGCUGCAAGCACAGAUGUCAAUCGAAUGUGGCAAAACGAUUUGCACCCAAUACUAAUUGAGAGAUACCCAGGAUCACCAGGGAGUUAUGCUGUGCGUCAGCAUAUCAAGCACCGUCUGCAAGGCCUACAAGCUGGCUGGGUAGUAGAAGAUGACACAUUUCAGAGCUAUACUCCUUAUGGAUACCGCACAUUUUCCAAUAUCAUCAGCACCCUCAAUCCCCUCGCCAAGCGUCAUUUGGUGCUUGCUUGUCAUUAUGAUUCAAAAUACUUUCCACCACAACUGGAUGGCCAAGUGUUUGUUGGAGCCACCGACUCAGCUGUGCCCUGUGCUAUGAUGCUUGAACUGGCACGUUCCUUAGACGGACAGCUUCGGUCUCUAAAGGACGCCAUCUCAGGUGCCACAUCAGAUCUCUCUCUGCAGCUAAUUUUCUUUGAUGGUGAAGAAGCCUUCGUUCAAUGGUCCCUUUCUGAUUCUCUGUAUGGUUCUCGGCACUUGGCUGAGAAAAUGGUGUCUACACUUCAUCCAACGGGUGCCAUAAACACAAAUCAGAUUCAGGGCAUUGACCUUUUUGUUUUACUGGAUUUAAUUGGUGCUCGAAAUCCAACUUUUCCAGUUUACUUUAUGAACACGGCUCGGUGGUUUGGGAGACUUGAAGCAAUUGAACAAAACCUCAGUGAUUUGGGUUUGUUGAUAAACUACACUCCUGGAAGACAGUAUUUCCGGGGUGAUUUACGAAGAUAUCCAGUUGAGGAUGACCACAUUCCAUUUUUAAGAAGAGGGGUUCCAAUUCUACACUUGAUACCGUCUCCUUUUCCUCGUGUGUGGCACACCAUGCAGGACAAUGAAGAAAACCUCAGCAAGCCCACUGUGGACAACCUCAACAAAAUACUGCAAGUGUUUGUUCUGGAGUAUCUCAACCUCCCCUAACACCCUCUCGCCCACCAAAUUGCUGAUCUGUUUUAAUAAUACCACCAGGCCCUCUUGGGGUGUUUCUAAGAACAGGCUCUGGAUCCUUUAGGAAUAAAAUGCCCUACUUCACUGCUUGCUCUAAAAGAGAGCCAAUCCCUCAAGAUUAAGCACUACUGUGAGUGAUCUUUAAUUAUCUCUUCCAAGAAAAUCUGCAGAGAGCACCUACAGAUAAUUAGACCACUGUGACAACUGUGCUGAAAAGAAGCCCAUAGAAAGCAUUAUUCUUGUAAAAGCAAGUACAUAUAACAAAGACUGUCCUCCAUCUUUAUGCACUUCAUACAUGCACAUCCCAUCCUUCUGCCAAGUAGCUCAGGCUGGUGUACACGGUUCCUCCUCCCCCUCCCAAUAUUAAUCUCACAAUUCUGUGUGAUAGGUUAAACUGAGAGAUGGUGACUGGCCCAGGGUCAUUCAGUGAGCUUUAAGGCUGACUGAAAUUUGAACCUACAUCUCUGUGGUCCACAUCCAGCAUGCUUACCAGUAACCUACACUUGAAUCUUAGUUUACCGUAGCUACGAUCUCAGUAUCAUGGUUGUACCCAAUGAUAGUUUGUAAUAGUUUCUCUACAUUGCUCUUCCAAAGAACUAAGAAAGCACUGUUUUCUUAACAAAUCAGGGUGAGAAUUAUGAAUGGUGGUUCAUUUCCUGUGAUAAUCUGAUGUCUGGACGAUCUUAUGAUCCACUCUAUGGUUUGAGGCUGCAGUAGGCAUUUCCAACAGGCUAUGCAUCAUAAGCAUUGUUCAGACAUUCCUGAAAACUCAUAUAAGUGUACAGCAUGCAUAGAUACAGAUCUGUACACAGGCACAAUUAUUCACACAUUUUUUCUGAACACAGGCAUAGCAGUACUACACAUCCUAUCUUUAUCCUGCAUUUGAGGGGCCUGUAUCCAGGUUCACUUUUGAAAUGACGGCAGGUAUAGUCAUUCACACAAAAGUGUAUGUGAGUGAACAGACAUCUGAACACUAAAAUGUCUGUAUAGGACAGUUCCCAGGAUAGCGGAUGCAAGUCAGGGCUGAGGUAGCAGUCUUACUACAGAUUGCUUACCACCUAGCAAAUGGUGACUUGUACUGACACCACUGAACAUGUGAAGCUACGCUUAUUCCUGAAUGUGCACAUUUUCAGGCAGCAACUUCCAUAUCCUUUGAAAAUAUAUAAUACACACCAAUGCAAUCGUGUCACAGCAACUUCAUCUAAUAAUGUGAUUCUAUAAACCUGCUUUAGCUGUAGCAGCAGAAAGAAUGCCUUGGCUAUUAUAACUGAAGCAACACUCUCAAUGACUCUGCCUAAUGCCAAUCAACCACCCCAGUGUUUUCACCUUUAAGAUCCUAGACUACUUCCUUUGCAUUUGCUCCAGUAGAUACAACAGCUGCUGCUCAGUACUUUGGGAAACUGGAGUGCCCAAUUCAUACAUUUGAACUCAGGGCUUCAAUCCCAUCAGUACUGACCACAGAAGUACAUCUCUCUCAAUGCUGCUUUGUAACACUGGACUUGAGUACAUGUAAGGGACAGGGCUUCUGCAGAUACUCUGAAUUAACCCUUUUAAAAAUGCUUUAGAAGUGAGUGCAGCAGGGAAGCAACCUGCCUAGAGAGCAGGAAGCUGUUGGCUUGAAUCCUCACUGGUGUGUUUCCCAGAAUAUGGGAAACUCCUUUAUCAGGCAGCAGCGAUAUAGGAAGGUGCUGAAAGGCAUCGUCUCAUAUGCAUGGGAGAAGUCAAUGGCAAACCCCUCCUGUAGUCUACCAAGAAAACCACAUGGCUCUGCGGUUGCCAGAAGUUGACACCAACUCAACAGUACAACCAACCACUGUUAGGGCAAGCGCUUACAUUUUCAAACCUGCACCAGGUACAUGCAGGAUAGACAGCAUUCCUGUCUCCAGUUUUGGAUAGUCACUGUAAUAGUUACACAAUCAGCUAAGCUGAAACAGCAGCCCCUUGGAGUUGGAGUUAGACAAUAUCAACAGUUUCUAAUUUAAAAAGAGUCUCCUAGAUAGGCAACUCCCAGUAAAUUCCAAUGCAAUUACUCUAUUACUGAUGUUAACAGAAAACACUUUCGUUAACAGAAUAGAUUCUACAGAGAAUUAGCGUAAAAAUCACUCAUAAAGAUCAGGUUUGUCUCCUCUGAACUGAAGAAGGGGGCGGGGAGGAGGGGAAGGACAAGUGAACAUAGAGAUGUAAAAAUGACAAGGAAUAAAUUAUCCCUUAUUAAUGAGAGCAAAAAUGUACUUCAAGAGACUCCUCUGAGCUUUAUAGUUUUCUUGGGACCACCCACCAUAGCCUAUCAGUUAUAGCGUACAGGGGACAGGUAAGAGACAGCAGCAAGCCCAUUCAUUUAGACCUUUUACUGUAGGAAUUCCUCUACAUCAUGGAAGUCUUAACUGUACCAGAGUUAGUAUCUAUAGCAUCAGCAAGAGGAAUGUACAUAGUUUUUUCCACCAAUUUGUUUUAAGAUUAUAUGGAAUUAAAACAAAAAUGUUUUAAGAAAAUAAACUAAUUUAGCACGUUA